AUGGCGCUGUGCCGAGCUGCGUUUCCCGAUGUCUUUGACGGCCUGAUGGGCUUGACGCCCGUGAUGGGAUCCUCUCUUUGGCGGGACGGCUUUAUCGACAACGGCGAGCGGUCCCGAACAUUCCCCACCGACGUGGUUGAGAGGGACGACGCUUUCGAGUUGACCACCGACGUGCCCGGCAUGGAGCCCGGCGACAUAAUGGUUGAAGUGAAGGAGGGCGUGCUGGUGGUGAAGGGUGAGAGAAAGGAGGCGACGGAGGGCAAGGACGAGGAGGGGCGCGUGGUUCGCCAGGAGAGACGCCACCGUCGAUUUGAGCGGCGGUUCAGAUUGGGGGAGGUGGCCGACAGGGAGGGCGUGAGCGCCCGGUUGGAGAGGGGCGUUCUGACGGUGACGGUGCCCAAGCGGGAGGCCCCGAAACCCAGGCGGGUGGAGGUGGUUGAGGCAAGCGGAGCGGAGGAGUGA